AUGAUGGUUCUGGAUCGCGACCCCAGGCGACUCGAUAAAUGGCCUGUCGCUCUACCCCAACCACCCCGAUCAGAGCAACCCUUCGGACGGUCUCAUCAACGACAUCGAAAAUGGCACAGUACCUUUCGGCGACGGCCACGGAAAGCUGUCCCGUUCGGAAACGGGGUAGCAUGCCUUCUGGGGGUACUCCUGACUUUUCUGUCCUCGGCCCAUGCGGCUCUGCUGGAAUUCGACAAUUGUUUGGCCAAGACCAUUGUUGACUCGAACCCGCAACAACUGCAGUUUGUUCCGCUCAAUGUGUCCGUCAACUUCGACCUGUCGGAUCCACUAUAUCCUCUCGAUGUCACAGUUUAUGGAAACGUGACUGGAACUGCGGACAGAAGCGCGGACUACCCGGCUCCUAGCGAUCCCCAAUGGAACGAUAGCAAUUCAACGACAGGAAAAAUUGAGGACCUAGACGUUGCUAAUAACAAUUACUCGACUCUCAUAGCCUCUAUUCAGGUCGUCAGCUUUAGGCCUUAUUCGGAGGCCUCCCGCUUCUGCGAUUCAGUUACUCAAGGGGAUUGUCCGUUGGGGCCGGUUUUUGAUGCCAAUACGUCCGAUCUUACCACGCUGCGGGCUUUCUCAAUUCGCCAUGAUAUGGUCUCUUCCUACCGUUUCUCCUCUCUCUACACUACUCUUACAGUUAUAUCCGGCGACGCAGCCGCAGAUAGACUUGGUUGCAUGUCUCUCAGCAUAACGCCUGAUCUAGGCUCAACCGUCAAGGGUGCUCUAGCCUACGUUCCCCUCGCGAUUCUCAUUCUGGUGGGAUUGGCGACAGUUUCCGCUGCAAUGUAUAGUCCCUGGGGGACCACAGAUCCGUUUAGAUGGACCAGCAAUUAUGGCCGCGACGAAGACGUUUUGCGGCUGGUGACUCCAGGCUUUGGAGACUGCCUUCAGUAUAUACAGUUCAUCGUUCUUACCGGUGCACUGUCUCUGAACUACCCUGGUUAUUACCAGCCAGUAGUCAGUCAGGCUGCUUGGUCGUCUCUCAUGUUCAACCAGAGCUUCUUUGGAUCUGAACAGAACCCCGUGGUAGACGGUGUAUACGCCGUGAACGGCUCCCGGGGGUUGGACAGAUUAGAAAAAUACGUCGGCAUGGAUGGAGCACGCGAUGUCUGGCCGGCAGCGAUGGUUUGGCUGCUGUCUAUCCUGGGCAUCGUCACGCUUUUGAUCCAGCUAGCAUUUGCGUUCCGCUGGGUUUACCGUGAACUGGCAAAUGUUCCGGAAGAGGACCUGCGAGCCAAAAACAUGCCUUUCACUAUCGGCAAUGUUAUCCGAAUUGUCUAUAACUUCUUCUUCUUGCCGCUAAUCUCGCUUUCAUUCUUUCAACUAAUUGUCGCCGGCGAGUCCCCAGCAUACAGUGUGGGCCUGGCUGGUGUUGUCAUAUUCAUAUUAAUAUGCUUCUCCAUUUGGAUUGUUCGUUUGAUCAUUACAACAAAUCCGGUUUCCUGCCUUUUCGACGAUUUACCAACCGUGCUCUUGUAUGGCCCGUUGUACAACACUUUCUGUGAUGAUGCGGCUUCAUAUGCUUCCAUCCCAAUCUUCAUCUCUUUCACCCGCGGUGUUGCGAUUGGCGCACUCCAAACAUCGGGAAUUGCCCAGAUUGUCGUCCUGGCAAUAUGCGAGGUGGUGUCGGUUCUUACCAUUCUUGCCUUCCGCCCCUUCACCUCUCCAUCCUCUAUGAAUCUAUAUCACAUAUGUUUCUCACUCAUACGAUUCCUGACAAUACUGCUGAGCAUCGUCUUCGUUCCUUCCCUCGGAGUUUCGCAAGCCGCCCGAGCUUGGAUUGGCUAUGUGAUCCUAUUACUCCAUGGCCUGGUUUUGGUUUUUGGAUUCUUCCUAAAUGCUCUGCAGACGCUAAUUGAAGUUGUGGCCCAUCUCCUUGGGGCGGGCGGCAAUGAGGCCGGCGCUACGCGUGGUGGUCUUGUCAAAGUUUUCGGUAUGCGCCAACUGUCACGGCGCCUUCCAAGACGAGAUGUCGUCACCCGACAAAGCAUGGCAUCCGAUGCAGCUAUGCUGGCGCAUACCGAUGACCGUCUCUCGUCUCAGUUCGACGGGUCCCGGCCUAGGAGCCUCUCAGGCAGCUCGGCCUUGCUAUUGAACCGAGCAACGGCAAGCGAAAGCAAGGGCAGUGGAAUCUAUGAAUUUGGAAGCGCGUACGAUAGAUCUCAUAGUCGAGCCAACAGCGCCGGUCUUUAUACACCAACUACCCCGGGCGGGUUCCAAGGGUCUGGUUACCAUACCACAGGAAGCAAUUCACCCAAAAUUGGUCCAGUUUUCUCCAUACAACCACAAGAUCCUUAUUAUCGACCACCCCGACCCCGUAAGAGGAUGUCGGAACGAGGCUAUUCAGAUGAUUCCGGCAGGCGCCGCUCGUCCAAUCUUUAUCGAGACAUCAAUUUCGCGGAUGCAGAUGAUAAUAUCAUCGAAGGGCCCUCAGUGUCUAGGAGGGGGACGCCUAUCCCGGCGUAUAUCCCCGCACCGAAAGACGACCUGGAUCUUGACGAUCCAAGGAAGUCGAGAAAAGAUUACGCGGUGCGAGAAGUGGAUUUCUACUAUCGUGUCCGGGGCCCUCCGCUUUCACACACGGGCACACGAAAACUCAAGACGGGUCCUGCAGAUCCUACUGGGCCGGUCUCGUCUGCCACCGGAUUCUUCCGUAAUCUGCUUCGUGGCAAAACGAAAGAAAAGGGCAAAGGAUUUGAGGUUGUUCGAAGCGCCAGGGCUCCUCCACAAAGGCUUCCUCCUGCUGGCGAAGAAUUCAAUGAGCCGUACUCGGAUGAACCUGACAGCCAGGCAACCGCUGAGGCUGAAGAUCGCCCGCAGCAGGAUUCAGACCGCAGCGAUGACAAUCAGCCAGGGGAGACCGAGAUUAGCUUGCCUGCCAUUGAUUCCGGCGGCACGAUCGAGCUUCCGAGCCGCGUAGGAUCUCGCCGAAGCACUACAACACUCCCGCCGGUCCCAAAGACGCCACCACCACGUUCAAGCAAAAGACGUGGAUCUCAGAGCACUCCCCCAAAAGAACAACAUGAAAGCCCCAACACCUCCCUGAGCCUUCCUGGACAGUCCAGCGGAACUGCCCGAUUGCCAUUCAGCGCGAACAGCUCUCCCUCCCGGGAUCGGAAUCAUUCACUUGUUUCUACUAGCGCAUCGACGGCAUCCAGCCACCCACAGGCGAACGAGAGAACAGGCCGAUCCCGCAUCGAGCGCCCCUCAAGUGUGGGCUAUGUUGCCCAGCACCGUACGCGAGACAAUAUCCACCAGCCUCUUACUGAUGAGCCAUCGUUCACGGAAAGUGCCGCAGAGCUUGUGAAUGAACUCUCCCGUGAAGGAAGUCGUACAUGA